AGCAGAGAAUCAUUUACAGCUCUACAGCGCCACCAUGAGUCAAGAAAACCUGCGCAUCGUUAUGGUUGGUAAAACAGGAGUUGGCAAGAGCGCCACAGGAAAUACCAUUCUUGGUGGAAAGGUAUUCCCUUCAGAAGCAAGAGCUACAUCAAUCACUAAAGAGUGCAAAUCUAGAAAACAGAAAAUAAAUGGCAGAGAGGUGUUUGUUGUGGACACUCCUGGUCUAUAUGACACAAACCUGACUAAUGAUGAAGUGAUAGAUGAGGUUAUUAAAUGCAUCAGAUAUGCAGCUCCAGGUCCGCAUGUCUUUCUUCUUGUACUUUCCAUUGCACGCUUCACUGAAGAGGAAGAAAACACAGUGGGAAUUAUCCAGAAAGUCUUUGGCACUGAUGCAAACAAAUACAUGAUGGUCUUGUUCACCAGGGCAGAUGAUCUUGAAGACAGGACAAUUGAAGACUACAUUGAUGAGGCUCCAGAGCUAAGUGAAGUGAUUAAUUCAUGCAAGGGGAGGUACCAUGCAUUUAACAACAGAGAGAAGUCAGACCGUACACAAGUUGAUGAGCUCAUGAGGAAGAUUGAAGUCAUGAUGAAACAAAAUCAAUACAGCUACUACAACUACGACAUGUUUCUAAUGGGUAAUGAGUUAAAUGAUGCUAAGAAAACUGUGAAGGAAAAAGAUCAAAUCAUUGCUGUACUAAAAAAAAAAAUAAUAGAACAGCAAAAAGAAAUAGACAGAUCACAUUGUACCAUAGCAUAAGCUUGAGAAUGUGAAUGAUGUCAGUAUCUCAUACUCAGAAACAUAAUCAU